AAUCCAGUAUUUCAGGUGCCGAAGUCGACCGAGCGACCAUUGCUCACUACCGCUGCGCAUCAGCGACCCGCAGCACGCCUCCCAAAAGCGGAAUAUAUCGUCAAGUGGAUUUUCCGAGAGAAAGAAACCACACUAAAGCAAGAGAGACUGAAGUUUCGGCGGCGUUAAGACAACACUUUGUUUUCUGCUUUGUGUUUUAGUUUUCAGCGUGCGGCUCUUGUGUCUUGAAGUACAUUUUAACCAGCGACUCCUUCGGAGUCUCAGUCCCUCCCCCCGAAACUCAACCAAAAUACUUCAACUCUUGCUCUAACCGGAGGAUAUUGCCACACUUCGGGUUAUUUUUCCUCCUUCGGCCCGGCCCUGUUUGCUGUCCAGUCUCGAUAAACCUCAAUAUGGAUGGACCUCUGAGAGGGACAAUAGACUGCAGCUAAAGAUCUUCAACAGCAUCACAACAAUGUGGCAGAGUUUCUCUUAAAGGGGUCACUCAUAAAGCUGUUUUGAAGCCAUCAAGACUACAGGAUGACUAAGGCUUUUUGCUCCGUAGUCAAAAUACAUCUAAUCACAAGUAUUAGACCGCAGAUCAUCAAAGGCUUACCAAAACAAAGACUUGGAUUGUAAUUUUGUGUGUUGACUUUAUUUUUUUUUCUGUCUUUUUUUUUUCGACUUUUGAAAAAGUUGACAAAGCAAAAAGAUUUUCUACAUGACCUGCAGAAAUGUACUAGAAGCCCAUGUGUAGCAAGGCAGCUGCUGCAGCUUGUGGAAUAACUUAGCCCGAGACUGUUGGGGAGUCACUCCGUCAGAGGCCGAGGAUCCCAGCACCACUCUGCCCUGUCGCUGUCUGACUAACCCACCUGUCUAAAGGCAGACCCCACUAUCCAAUGGCAUGGGUCAAGUUCUUCAGGAAGCCGGGGGGCAAUCUGGGGAAAUCGUACCAGCCGGGGAGCAUGCUGUCUCUGGCCCCCACCAAAGGACUGCUGAACGAGCCGGGCCAGAACAGCUGCUUCCUCAACAGUGCUGUGCAGGUACUAUGGCAGCUGGACAUCUUCAGACGCAGUUUGAGGCAGCUACCUGGACACUUCUGUCUGGGGGAAUCCUGCAUCUUUUGUGCAUUAAAGGGCAUUUUCUCCCAGUUCCAGCACAGUCGAGAGCGCGCCCUGCCCUCUGACAACCUGCGUCACGCCUUGGCAGAGACCUUUAAGGACGAGCAGCGCUUCCAGCUGGGCUUCAUGGAUGAUGCCGCAGAGUGCUUUGAGAACAUACUGGACAGGAUCCACCUGCACAUUGUGCCUGAGGAGACAGAUGCCUGCACUUCAAAGUCUUGCAUCACGCAUCAGAAGUUUGCUAUGUCACUUUAUGAACAGUCUGUGUGCCAUAGCUGUGGGGCAUCCUCCGACCCACUGCCGUUUACAGAGCUGGUGCAUUAUGUCUCCAUCACUGCACUCUGUCAACAGACGCAUCAGCAUCAGCGCAGAGACGAGUCUUUUGGGGAGGUGUUACAAGCAGCGAGUAAGAUAGGAGACCUUCGCAACUGUCCAAGCAACUGUGGCCAGAGGAUUGGGAUCAGACGGGUCCUCAUGAACUCUCCAGAGAUUGUUACCAUAGGCUUUGUCUGGGACUCUGAAAAGUCAGACCUCACAGAGGAUGUUAUUCGCUCACUGGGGCCUCAUCUCAGUCUUUCUGAGCUCUUCUACAGGGUGACAGAUGAGCAUGCCAAAAAGGGAGAGCUGCUGCUCGUGGGGAUGAUCUGCUACUCCAGCUACCAUUACUGUGCCUUCACCUUCCACACCAAGUCCUCCAAAUGGGUCUUCUUUGAUGAUGCUACAGUGAAAGAAAUCGGCUCUAGAUGGAAAGAUGUGGUCAGCAAAUGUAUCAAAGGUCACUUCCAACCUCUCCUCCUCUUUUACUCCAACCCUGACGGGAGUGCAAUCACCGCAGACGAUGCCUCAAGACAAAAAAGCAGCCAGUCUCAUUACAAGACCCCUGUCAAUGGAGAAGUGCAAGGCAUUGAGUCUCCAGUUGUAGCCCACAAGAAGCUGGACCUCACCAGGGAGAAUCUGAAUGCUCUGCUGGGCCAAGGUUCUUUGAAACAGAAGACCUCUUCCACCUUCAGCAGGACCAGUAAUCAGACCAAUGGAGGACGGGGACCAGUGAAAAUUGGCAACAACGAUCCCAAAAGUCGCCUCAGGGAGAUUUCUCGAGAAGUUGCCCAGAGAGCAGGAGAGGUGCGUGGGAUGCAUCCAUCCAGAAGAGAGCCCGAUAGGAGCGGUCAACGGAGGCCAGAAUCCCGCUACAGAGAUCCAGGUCAGGACAGGACCUACUCCCGCUCCGCCUCCCCUCCAGAGAAUGGCUUCAGACAACACCUGGAAACUCGGCUGUACAGCAGUCAAGGAAAAGGUCCCACACGGACCGAGCGAACGCCCCACCUUGCCGGACGCUCCUCACAUGAGCCCGCUCGCUCUCACUCUAGGGUCCAAGUGUUGCCCAAUGUGCCCAGUAUCAGCAGUAGUCAUCACAGCCGGAGAUUGGAACACGUCUCCAACGGAUACGACACUGACAGCAGCCAAGACUCCAGAGAGCGCCCUGGAAGUCGCAGCAGGUCCAGCCGCCCCUGGAAGCCCAUGCGCGAGGCGCUCAAUGUGGACAGUGUUUUAAGUGGCGUUGGUAACUCGGGAAGUCAAGAACGAAGGCAGCACAGCCCGCGAAGGAGACCCAAUAGUCAGUCUCCCUCCCGCGACCGAGAGCAAGACAGAGAUUUCACGUGGGGAGGCCGAGAGGAACGCAAACCCAAAAGCCUAAUGACCAUCUAUGAGGAUGAGCAGAGGCAUGAAACAGGUGGCAGCCGAAGCUCGCUGGACUCAGAUGGCCGAGGUGGCUACAGUGACAAGGACAGGUCAAAGGGCUCAGCAACUCUAAAAGUGCGGAAUGACAACUGGAAGAUACAGCGAACUGAAUCUGGAUAUGAGAGUAGUGACAGACUAAGCAAUGGCUCAGCAAAUCUCGACUCACCGGUGGUAGAGAACCUCUCUUCCAAAGAUCUGCAGCCCAUUCCUGAGCUGCAUUUGUCAAGGGAUCACUUCCCUCCGAGAGGAAGCAAUGAUUUGAAGGCUGACAUCUUGCAUGCUGCGUUUUCCACUGGUGAACAGGAAAGACAAUCUCCAGAUCUACAAGAUGCAGACAGCCUCUCUGGUCUGCCAAUACAAAGAAGAAGAGCCUUCCGAUACACUCCCGGAAUCUUGGAAAAGAACAAUGGUUUGGACAGCGAACAAGAGGAAAAUGUUGAUGGCAGCCCAGCGAGCCCAGUGCCUCCUUACUUAGCAAAGACCAGCAGCUCUGAGUGGAACAGCUCAGAUGACCUUGCCGGACCAUUCUCUGAACAAGAAGAAACUGGCACUGUUGCCCAUAUAGACUCUUUCUCGCACAACUAUCCCCCACCUUUACCCCCCAAGACUUUUGGCAACAGUCACGCUGACCCAUCUGGCAUCCACUACCAACCGCCGGAGGUGCCAAUGCGAACGAGCUCCCAAAAUGAACCCAAAAAUGGCUUGUCUCCACUCUCGCACACUACCCUCCGGCGACGGAUUGAGACACCUGCCGAGUACAGGCUUUCGUCAGACGCCAGCUCCAAGUCAGGGUCAUCGGACCAGGAUAGGAACGAUCUGUCGGCCAGCGAGAGUGACGAAAGGUUACCCAGUCCAAAUCCCACACGCGACGAUGGUACAGACUCCCCCGGUCCAACAGAUAUAGCUCUUCCCACCACUUACUUUUCUGUGGAUAGCUGUAUGACUGACACUUAUCGGGCCAAAUAUCAUAAGAGGCCUGCCUUGUACAUGAAAGCAGAGGACCAUAUGUCAUCAGGGGAGAGUGAUGUGGAAGGGAGGGGGCUCCCUGUGCCAGAUGUUCAGCCACUAGAGCUUUCCAAAAGCAGAUCAGAAUCAGGUUAUGCUACCACAAAGACUACUGCAAAAUGGAACCCAGUCACUCCAAAAGGACUUGAUGAGCAUGGUUUCCUAUGAUUUUAGCAAAAGCAUCAAUAGACCUUGAUUGAUCCAGCGACUGGAUGCCAAAAAGAAUAACAUGCACUAUGACUGCUCCACACUUUGACUGCUUCUAACUAAGAUGUAAGCGUACACACCUUUCAUAACAGAGGAUUGGACAUGAAACUGGAUGCCAAAGAAAUUGUUAAAAGAAAGGCAGGUGUCCUUAAACGCUGUCUUGCUAUUUUUGGUAUGAGCUACUAAAAGCUUUGAAUGAACAGUGAAUUUGCACAGUAGAAAGCACCAGAAAGGUACAGAGAAAGACACAUGUCUAAUUUAGCUGUUGAUUAUGUUUGAACUUUUCAAAUGCAAAGGUUACUAAAGAAUGUGUCACAAAAAGCCACUUUAACCACACAAGAGAUUAAAAGAUUUAUUUUUCAUGAAAAAAUAAACAAUUUCUUGCA